AUGACUCAUCAUAUGGAACCGAAGAUCGCAAAUUUUAUUUUGUAAAAAAUGCUUUAACUGUGGAUACAGAUAACCUCAAUUGGGCAGCUCCAGAAAUAAUGCAAGAAAAUGCUUAUUAUACGUGGUUGGCUUAUCAAAAGAUUCUUUAUAAAGAAAAGAGUAAUGGUGAGAUUAUUUCUCAUGUUACUAAAGGUGGUAGGGAGGAUUUAAACAUAGAAAGUUCUAACAUUCCAGAAGAAUAUAUAAAAAUUAUUCAAGAAGGAUGGAAGCAUAAGGCAGAAGAAAGGAUUAAAAUGGAUGAAGUCUCUUUCAAACUUUUAGAAUUGGAGAAUAAAUUAAGACAUGAAAGAUCUAAUCAACUCUCAAAUUUUAUAGAUGUAUUCAAUUUGACGAGGAAUGUAAAUUUAAAUCAUGGCUUAAUUAUUAACACGAAAAAAAUACGACCUUCAGAUUUUUCAGCAUGUAUCUUUAAAAUUCAACCAAAUAUCACUGAAUUGCAUUCUCGAAAAUUUCAAGCAAAAUUAGUGCUUUCUUCAGAAUAUAAAGAUUCCUUUUUGUUAGAAAACCAUAUCGAUUCAUCUGCCAUUAAUACAAAAUAUCUCGAAUGGAUGAAUGAUGCAAAUCCUCUAAAAAAUAAUUCUGUUGUAAAGGAUGUUUAUUUAGAAAUACAAAGUCCACAGGUUGAAUUGAUUUUCAGGAAAGAGUUAAUAAAACCCUCUGAAAAAUUAGUAAUUGCUAUUAAAAACGCAUUAAAUCACCAGAAUCCUUACCGAGAAUUGAUGAAAGUAUUUAAUACUUAUGGAUAUUUUCUGCCCGAGAGAGUUAUACUUGGAUAUAAAUUGUAUGUAAUGUCGAAUUUAAUCACAGAUAAAGAUUCAUCAGAAUCAGAUGUUAGGAAUGAUGAAUGGACAAUAGAUGAUUUUUCAUUAGCAAAAUAUGAAGAAUUCUUUAACAAAUGGGGAGAUCACAUAAAAUCAUACAACUUUAAUUCAUCUUAUUUAAUUUCAAUUGAUGGUGAUAUAGUUACGAGAGAUAAGAUUAAAGAAUGGGCAAAUAAUUUUCUUGGAAACGAUGAUCAGACAAUUAAUUCUAUAAUUAAAGCAAAAGUUCUCAUGACAGGUCUUUAUGGAAAACUUAUGACACAAGAUGGUAUCCCAAUCAAUAAUAUCGUAGUUGAGUUUAAAUCUAUGAAUAUAUAUGGUUUCUCAGCUACCAUUGAGAGUUUUAAUACUAGUUUUGAGGUGAACAUUGAAAAUUUGCAAAUAAUUUGGAUAUUAAUUGGUGUACCGUCUGAAAUUGGCAUCUAUUGUCCAGAUACACGAAAUAUCUCCAUUUUAUGUUUAGAUAACUAUGCAUUUGUUCCAAAAAUGGGCUGUAAUACUCAAGAUCCAUGUUUUAGGGCCGAAAUUAAAAAUUAUGAUGAGGGAAUUGAUGUUACUAUUCAUAUUAAGGAGAGUAAAAUAAUGGAUAAUGAAGAUAAAUUUACGGAUGUGGAAACUACUUUUAAGAGUGAAAUUUCGAGUAAAAUAAUGGAUAAUGAAGAUAAAUUUACGGAUGUGGAAACUACUUUUAAGAGUGAAAUUUCGAGUAAAAUAAUGGAUAAUGAAGAUAAAUUUACGGAUGUGGAUACUACUUUUAAGAGUGACAUUUCGAGUAAAAUAAUGGAUAAUGAAGAUAAAUUUACGGAUGUGGAAACUACUUUUAAGAGUGAAAUUGCGAGUAAAAUAAUGGAUAAUGAAGAUAAAUUUACAAAUGUGGAAACUACUUUUAAGAGUGAAGUUUCGAGUAAUAAUGACUAUAGCGACGAAACUUCUAACGCAAGUGUUGAAUUAGAAUAUUCAUUUCAAUGUCAUUUGCAGGCAUUAGGACAAAGCAUUAGACAAAGUGGUGACAUGAAAAAUAUAAUUAGCUUAGAAAACAUUACUCAUCUUGGAUUAGAUUUAAGCUAUAAUAAGCUUGAUUCUAAAGUAGGAAAAACUUUACUGAAUGCUUUAAAAAGAAACAAGGUCACAAAUUUGGACUUAAGUUAUAAUAAUAUUAAUAUAGAAAUGGGAAAGGCCCUUGUAGAAGUACUGCAAACAAACACUACACUCACUCAAUUAAAUUUAAAAUCUACUAAAAUUCAGUCGGAAACCGUAAUAGAUUUGGUAAAAAUAUUAAAAAGUAAAAUUCCUCUUAAUGACCUUGAUUUAAGCCAUAUAAAGCUUAAUAGUAAAGCAGGAAUGACGCUAACAAAAGUUUUAGAAAAUAACGAAACACUCUCAAAAUUAAAUUUAAGCAAUAAUGAUAUUGAUUUAUCUUUCAGAAAAGCUUUGGUAACUGUCUUAGAAAAGAAUAAAUCUCUUGUUAAUCUGGAUUUAAGUUUUAACAACCUUGAAACUGAAGUAAUAGUGGCAUUGGCUAAAGCCUUAGGAUCAAACAGUAAACUUACCCACUUGAACUUAUGUUUUAUCAAUCCUGAAUUUCGAGCAGAAAUAGCUUUAGCAAAAGCAUUAGAAACAAACAAAACCCUCGUUAGUUUAAACUUGAGUUUAAACAAAAUUGGAUCGUUUGAAGAAAGAAGUUUAAAAGAUCACUUACAAAAAAGUUUUUCAAACUUAACUCGUGAAGAGAAUAUAAUUAAUUGUGUAACAGGAAAGCACUUUAAGAUAGUUUUAGAAAAAAAUAAAACCCUUACUGAUUUAAAUAUAAGUUCAAAUAAUAUUAGUUCAGAGGCGGGAAAAACUUUAAUAGAUGCGCUAAAACACAAUAAAACUCUACGUAAACUGAAUUUAAGCAAAAAUAAUAUUGGCCCCGAAGCGGGAAAGAGAUUAGUAGGAAUUUUAAAAACAAAUAAAGCUCUUACUACCAUAAAUUUAGGAUCAACUAGAAUUGGACCAAAAACAUUAGAUUUAAGCCAUAAUGAUAUAGAUCCUAAAGAAA